GCCUUUCUCUUUCUGUCAAAGCCAGUAAGAAAACAGACCAAAAAAAGAUUGCACAGAUAGGUAUAUAUACUCAAACUGCAGCACAAGCAUCAAGUCAUUCCAACUGACCAGUGUCUCUGAGGUACUUCACAAGAAAGAUGAGCCUGGUCUGUGUUCAGUUGGGACUAUUUGUAUUUUGGAUCUUUGGUUCCUGGGGUUGGCUGAGUAACAAAUGUAUCCUCUAUGAGAAAGUGAAUUACUGGAUGUACAUUCACGCUAACUGCCCAAGCAUGAUCGGCUUCACUGCCAGUUGCUGGGAUAUAUAUGACCUCAAAGUCAACCUCUCUGUUGUUCCAUCAAACUACCAGACCCUCUGUCUCGAGAUCAGGAGUGGAUACGUAAUGCAAUCUGGCGCUCUCUCUCGGUUCUACGCUCUUGAGAGACUUCACCUAGAGGGCUUUCUACCCACGAUUCUCCAUGGCACCUUCAAGGGACUGUCCAGUGUAAAGACACUCUCUCUGAACUGUAAGGGGAUGAUACAGUGUAACAAUGCAUCGCUUCUAUCCAACACUUUCAGGGACCUGACUAAUCUGGAGGAACUUUCCAUUGACGAUUGCAUGCUUUCUGUGAUGGCACUGGACGUAUUUGGAGGGAUCCCCCUAUUGAAGAAACUCACAGUCAACAGAUGUUGUGCACAGGAGCUAUCUGAUUUGCUAUGCAGGAUAGUUAAUAUGUCACAGUCAAUAACAAGCCUGACAUUUAAGUCAAAGGAGAUAGUCACUUUGAGACCCCCAAACUGCUCUGACACCAAAGGAGCUGUUCUUGAGCUUCCUCAUUUCUAUCGUCUUCAAGAGGUGAGAUUUUCAUUCCCUAACGCUCAUCACUUAGAUAAAGGUGCAUUCAAAUGCUUUGAAAACAUCACAGAGCUCUCUGUGCCUAUGGUUGAUGAGCCACAGACACAGCUUCUGCAGUCUGGCAUCAAAAGACUGCAGGCAUUUGAUUUUUACAACAAAUGCAUUUCCUUUGAGUCAGUUUGUGAAACCGUAUUCAAACUCUCAAUCACAGAAAUUAAUGUAAGAAAUGAUCAAUUCUGGAACACCACAUCUGCUGUGAGAAACUGCCAGGGGAUAAAGAAGAUUAAUUUAAAUUAUUAUGAACAUGAUCAUGAUGCACUUAACUUGAGUUUGAUCCAUGAUUUGAAGAAUCUCGUUGAUUUGGGUGUUUUCCUUAUGCACUCGAGGGAAGUUGAAAUCAGUAUGCUUUGUGACAUUCAAAAGGGUCCUGUUCUGUGGCUGAAAAAACUGUGCCUGUUAAGCUUUCAAAUCACAAACAUCACCUCAGAGCAGUUUGGUUGCUUGAAGAAUCUGAAACAGCUGAUUUUGUCAGGAAAUCAGAUUACCACUGUUGCAGACUUUACAUUUAAGGAACUAGCUAAAUUGAGGUUCUUAGACCUACGUAAUAACAAGAUCUCUCAGAUAACAGAGAACAGUUUCUUUGGCCUGCAUGUCUUGGAAACCCUAAUUCUGGAACAAAACCCACUAGAAACGAUUGAAGCAUUUGCCUUCAUCCACCUCACUUUGCUGAAGCACAUAUGUUUAGGGGACUUUCAACCUUUGCCUAGUGAGUUGGAGAGUAGCGUGAAUGUGAAUCUGACACACAUAUUUGGUGUGUUCCCUCAAGGGUUAAUGCACAUGAACAUUUCUUCCAUGUGGUACACCCUCAACAUCAUCAUCGGCAGCAACAGCACCCCAAAACCAGGGAUUUUCCUUCAGCUCAGUGCCACAACUGUAUUCUUCCAGGACUGCUGGAGACCGUUUUUCCAGUCUGUCGUCAGCCUCACAGCCAUAACAGAACGUCUCCUGUGUGGGUCUCAUUUUGCCGCAAGAUACUUCACCUCCCUACAGUACUUUGGCUUCAAUUCUGUGCUGUCAGCUGAAUUUGUGGACAUGACUGACCUGAACACACUUGUGGAGAUGAGGUAUCUAUUUAUCCAUUUACUUAACGGUAGAGUGAGGACAAACAGCUGUAUAGUUUCAAAAGUAUACAAUAAAUUAGAUUAA